AUGCAGGUGUCUAUUGCGUGUACCGAGCAGAACCUUCGCAGCCGGAGCAGUGAGGACCGUCUGUGUGGACCCCGGCCGGGCCCCGGGGGCGGUAAUGGCGGGCCGGUCGGCGGGGGGCAUGGGAAUCCUCCGGGGGGAGGAGGGUCGGGCCCCAAGGCCCGGGCCGCACUGGUCCCCCGACCCCCAGCGCCCGCUGGGGCCCUCCGAGAGAGCACCGGCAGAGGCACUGGCAUGAAAUACAGGAACCUAGGCAAGUCUGGUCUGCGGGUGUCCUGUCUUGGCCUAGGCACCUGGGUCACGUUUGGUUCUCAAAUAUCAGAUGAGACGGCAGAGGACGUGCUGACAGUGGCCUAUGAGCACGGUGUAAACCUGUUUGACACGGCUGAAGUCUACGCAGCGGGGAAGGCUGAAAGAACCCUAGGGAACAUCCUUAAGAGCAAAGGAUGGAGGAGAUCAACCUAUGUCAUCACCACCAAGAUUUUUUGGGGAGGACAGGCAGAAACCGAGCGAGGCCUGAGCCGCAAACACAUUAUCGAGGGCUUGCAAGGAUCCCUGGAGCGCCUCCAGUUGGGAUACGUGGACAUCGUCUUCGCCAACCGCUCAGACCCCAAUAGUCCCAUGGAGGAGAUUGUGCGAGCCAUGACCUAUGUCAUUAACCAGGGCCUGGCCCUCUACUGGGGGACAUCCCGGUGGGGAGCUGCGGAAAUCAUGGAGGCCUACUCCAUGGCCAGACAGUUCAAUCUGAUCCCCCCAGUGUGUGAGCAAGCUGAGCACCACCUGUUCCAGAGGGAGAAGGUGGAGACGCAGCUGCCGGAGCUCUACCACAAAAUCGGUGUUGGAUCAGUCACUUGGUCCCCUCUGGCCUGUGGCCUCAUCACUAGCAAGUAUGAUGGGCGAGUCCCAGAUACCUGCAGGGCCACUGUCAAGGGCUACCAGUGGCUCAAGGACAAGGUGCAGAAUGAGGUUGGCAAGAAGCAGCAACAAGCCAAAGUCAUGGACCUUCUUCCCAUCGCUCACCAGCUGGGCUGCACAGUGGCACAGCUGGCUAUUGCAUGGUGUCUCCGCAGCGAGGGUGUCAGCUCGGUCCUCCUGGGGGUGUCAAGUGCAGAGCAGCUGAUGGAACACCUGGGAGCCCUGCAGGUGCUGAGCCAGCUGACCCCGCAGACGGUGAUGGAGAUAGACGGGCUCCUGGGGAACAAGCCGCAUUCCAAGAAGUAGUUGGUCGAGGGCACAGG